UGUGCCAACAGUGAAUACCCUUGAAAAGGUGAGCUGCUCCCUUGAACUUCUGCAAUCGAUGUGCUGUAGAUACACCCAGCUCCACAAGCAACACUAAGCAAAUUAGUGGAAAUGACUUAUGACUCACUUUCCCGAGAAACUGUUUAAUCAUCCUUCACAAUCACCGAACCAAUAACAAACGGAAGAAAAAUGCCUCGUGUCUAAACGGCUCAUUUGGUAAUGGGACAAAUGAUGGAAUCUCUGCCAAGCAAAAGAUUUAUAAGACAACAUCAAAAUCAGCGAGACCUUCUCCAGAGAACGAACACAAUUAUAACAUAUGCUGAACGGAUUCAAGCACUGACAGAUCGCAUACCUUGUGUAACACUAAUCCAGUUACCUGAAACUUCAAGAGGGUUUGUCCAUCUAUCGCACACUGCCACCAGCUGAGGCAAAACUAAACACUGCACAACAAGAGGGGGAGCAUGUACAAGAGGAAUGGCCUGAUGGCCAAUCUGAGAGUCACGUCUGCCACCCCAGAGGGCAGUAGUAGUUCAGACUCUCUCGAAGGACCCUAUGCAGACUAUGCAAUGAAAAGCUAUGAUGCAGUUGUAUUUGAUGUGCUUAAAGUAACACCUGAGGAGUUUGCAAGUCAAAUCACUUUAAUGGACAUCCCAGUAUUCAAAGCGAUACAGCCAGAGGAGCUGACUAGUUGUGGGUGGAAUAAAAAAGACAAGCAUAUCCUGGCACCAAAUAUUGUUGCUUUUACAAGACGGUUUAAUCAGGUCAGCUUCUGGAUUGUUCGAGAGAUCCUCACUGCUCAGACUUUGAAAAUAAGAGCUGAAAUAUUGAGCCAUUUUAUAAAACUAGCUAAGAAACUGCUCGAAUUAAACAACCUUCACUCUCUCAUGGCUGUGGUCUCAGGUCUUCAAAGUGCACCAAUAUUCAGGCUCUCAAAAACCUGGGCACUAGUCAGUCGAAAAGACAAAGCAACAUUUGAGAAGCUGGAUUAUUUAGUGACUAAAGAAGACAACUACAAGAGAAUGCGUGAAUUCAUCAGCAGCUUGAGGAUGGUUCCCUGCAUCCCCUACUUGGGAAUUUACUUGUUGGAUUUGAUCUACAUUGACUCUGCCUACCCAGCAUCUGACAGCAUCAUGGAGAAUGAGCAGAGGUCAAAUCAGAUGAACAACAUUUUGAGGAUCAUUUCAGAUUUACAAGUUUCUUUCAAUUGUGAUUAUUUAGUAACAUUGCCCCAUGUGCAGAAGUAUCUGAAGUCUGUCCGGUAUAUCGAAGAGCUACAAAAAUUUGUUGAAGAGGACAAUUACAAAUUAUCUUUGAAGAUAGAACCAGGGAACAGUUCUCCCCGUCUGGUCUCCUCCAAAGAGGACCUAGCAGGUCCCUCAGAGGUUUCUGCCUCAGUGAGGUACAGUCGUAGGCCAACGUGCCCUGAUGCCUCCGUAAUGGGCAGCCUCAACACUCCCCCAGUGCCGAGACACAGGAAGAGCCACAGCCUGGGAAACAAUGUGAUGUGCCAGUUUAGCGUCGUUGAAAGCAAAAGUGCAACGUUCCCAACUGAGCGGCCACGACACCUGCUGGACGACAGCGUUCUUGAAAGUCAGAGUCCUGCCAAGAAUCAGGAAAGCUCCAUCUUUUCCAACGGAGUUUCAAUUGGAAGCAGCGAGAGCUCUGAGUUCAGUGAGGAGCUGUCCUCGGGAUUGGAGAGGAAUCGGUUGUAUGCAACACUAGGUCCCAACUGGCGGGUUUCAGUAAAGAAUUCUCCAAGGAGCCGAUGCAGUAUUAACAGCCCAACGGAUGCAUGUAGUUGCCCUUUAAGUGGAACCGCCAUGGCCAUCACAAUAGAAGGACCACUGAGACGGAAAACUUUACUGAAGAAAGGCAAGAAGCCAGCAAUGUCAUCCUGGACUCGCUACUGGCUCAUACUGUCUGGAUCACUCUUGCUGUAUUAUUCUGCAAAGUCACUGAGAGCCUCUGAGAGGAAGCAUUUCAAAUCAUCACCAAGUAAGAAGGUGUCUAUAGCAGGAUGGAUGGUCGUUCUACCUGAUGACCCAGAGCACCCAGACAUAUUUCAGUUAAGCGAUCCUGAUAAAGGUAAUGUUUACAAGUUCCAGACCAGCUCGAGGUUUCAUGCAAUAUUGUGGCACAAGCACUUGGAUGAUGCAUGCAAAAGCAAUCGGCCUCAGAUACCAACCAAUCUGAUGUCAUUUGAGUGAACAUUUGAAUCCAGUACAUGUGAUGUGAUGUGAUCAAAGUGCCAACCCAAGCAAUGGGAAAUAAAACUAUCGAAUGGAUUUUAAAAAAAAGUGAAGGAAAAAAACAACUCUUACGAGGAGAAAUUUGUGCAUCAAUUGUCAGCGUUGAAAACUGAAGCACUUUUCCUAAAAUGAUUUUGGUAUGUCUUGAAAGAGGAAGUUAACGACUGUUCCUAAUUUAUGGUAUCAGCCGCAGACAUUAGACACAGUUUUAGCACUGGCGAAACUACAAACUGACUAUACCACAAAUAGUUGUCGACCACGGAACUGUGCGUAAUAACUGCUGCCUAUAUUUUUUUUAAAUGUUUGUUUUUAUUCUUAAGCUGCUUUAUUGUAAUGGAACAAUUUUUAGCCCAUGUUGGGUAUUAUCUUUCUUAUGCACAAAAUGUACUACUGACAGUGUUAACAGGCUGCGUUGUGUGGCAUUUAGAAUAGUAAAUCAGUGAACAGUUUUUUUUGUAAUGGAAGUGCACUGAAUUGUUUGGCACAGUGGUUGCCUCAAAGUUAUCUGUGGCGGUGAUAGUAAUCUCAUUGUUCCAGCGACCUUCAUCUAGUGGAGUUUGAAUCUAUCGUGACAUUUGAGCAAACCUCAUUGUUCAUGCCCAUCCCAAACCAAUUUAUUUUUACCUUUUUCUCCCCUCUCUAAAAUAAAACUGUCCCAACUGAAUAUUUUCAUUAACACUGCCACCCACCUUAUCCCAUGCCAGGCAGUAUUUUCAAUUUGAGGAUGUUUAUGCUGGUCUAAGGUCUUUAGCAGUAGAACUCUCUACCUGGCCACUACGCAAUUCGUUGAAGCAGUGCAGAGGGCAAAGGUGAAUUCUGUACAUACAGCACAGCCAGGUAAAGAAACCAUUAUGCACCAAUCAAUAAUGACUGCUUUACUGUGCCAGAUGUGCGCUUUACACCAUCACAUUAUGCCAGUUAUAAUAUGGUUUACAAAUCAAAUUAAAUGUGUUUGGAUAAUGUUCAUUUAUUUUGCUAUGCUACUUGAUUCUAGCAAUUCUUUGUAAAAGUCUUCAGUUUUCUAAACUAUUUAAGUGACUUUUGCAUAACUGUUGCAAUAAGUAUAUAAUGUAUGACAACCCUCUUUUGUCGUGUAUUAUUUAAAGAGUUGCAUAUAGUAGUUAAUGUACAGCAGAAGCAAGGUUCAGCAAAGACUAUGAAUUUGAGUCCCAACAUUUAUCUAAGCCUUCAAGAUGUGUUAAAAUAUUUGCUGGCACCGUGUCUUUGUGUCUCAUGGUUUCCACAUAAAAUGUAUUCUGUUUUGGCAACACUGGGAUAAUUUAUUUUUAAACUAUCUGCCUGACAAUCAAAAGUAGCUCAGUUGGUUCAAAUUUAACCCUCUGUUCUGACAGGCAGGCACCAGGACUUCUGUUGAUAGUAAUUCAGGCUAAUUUGCAACAUCUCUAGUGAAUUUUUUUGUUUUAAUAAGUUCGUUGUUCAGAUUUUCUGUGCCAAAGUCAGCAUGUAUUUUCAUAGAAAGAAAACUAAUUAAGGUUCAUAAUUUAGCACUGUACGGUAUUAAAAUAUGCAGUCAGUCAUUUUGCUGUUCCACAAUAAGGGAAGAUGUUCGUUGGGGCACUAAACCAUAGCUCAAUCAGAAUUUGUACUUUGAAGGAACUAAACUAGGACUAGGCAUUUCCUUACAGGUGAAAAUGCUGGAAUGCAAGUUAUCCUUAAUCUAGUAUUAGGGCUUCUGGAGUAAGUAAGGGGAAUAUCACAGUGCUUUAUUUGUAGCUGGAGUUUCAAGGUUAUGUCAAACCAAAACCACAUUAACAGAGGCUACGUUGCGUAAACCACAAUAUUGCAUGUAAUCUUACUUACUUAUACUGGUGAUGUACUUGGUAUCUGUGUACUAGCUUUCACUGAUGCAGUAGUAAAUGAAUUGUCCACAUUUCCUGCUCUGUUGAAACUGGAAUGCAGCUAGUGGCUGAAUUUGAAUUUCUGUGGAUCAACAACUUCCAAAAGCACAAAUAAUUAAUAGUAAACAAUUUCCAAAACAAAAACUACUGCCUAGCACCAAAUAUAUCCAUCCUGCAGAUGUCAUAGCCACAUUUUACUUUAUACCUUCAAGUAUGAAAUCUGCAUUUGAGGUCAGUGUAGCUUGAUCCAUUUAAUUCCCAGCCUCUGUAUUAAAGUUUGAAUUUGCACCUUGUGACUUAUUAGAGUAAUAACUUUUCUUGUUCUCUAUACCUCAUAGCCCCCUCCAACACACAAUUUGUUCUGUGAUAUCAUAAAUAUGUCUCAAUUCCAGUUUGCGUAAAUCUGCAAUCAGUAUUAUUUUGUUUCAUGUCUGAGUUUGAAAUUUUCAUUUCCUCAUUCCAAUAACAUGCAUCAAGUGUAUACUAGUGAUAUACCCAGCAAUGGCGUAGGGAAAAAAUGUCAAAUGAAGUCAGCCCAACAUUAACGGUACCCACACAAUUCCAAGGCCAGUCCACUUUAACAGCACUGUCACAAGAAUUACAUGUGGCAGCUUAUUUAUAGGGAAGAUGUCCAAGUCUAAUUCAAAGGCUGGUAGUGUGCCUGGCAUUCAUUACUUAAUAUUGAAAUGUACAGAAGUGCACAAGAUACGGCUGGUUGGGAAAAUUAUGACUACAGAAAUAAAACACAAACCAUGCUUAAAGACAACAUGCCCAGUCUCCCAAUUCCCCAUCUUUAUACUCAUGCAGAUUGUACUGCAAUGUAUGGGUACAACACCUGAAGCCCUUCAGCAUAAAAACUAAAGCCUAACAUGGAUAGGACAGCAAGUCACUCAGUGGUUAGUAAUUCUGCCUCAUGGUGCCAGGAACACAGGUUCAAUCCCACCCUCAGGUGACUGCUAGUGUGGAGUUUGCAUUUCUGCUGGGUGCAUGAGUUUCCUUGGACUGCGCAAACAUGUGUGGGUUAGAUAAAUUGGCCAUUGUGAUCCAGGGUGUGUAUGUUAGUUGUGGGAAAUAGAGGGUAAGGGGGAAAAUCGGUCUUGGUGGGAUGGAGGGUCAGGGUGGAUUUGUUGAGCCAAAUGGUCUGUUUCCAUGCUGUAGGGCACAAUCUGAAGGAACAGCCCCAUGAUAAUAAAAAGUGUGAAGCUGGAUGAACACAGCAGGCCAAGCAG